AUGGCGUGGGGGAGGCGCCUCGACCCCCGCCCCUCAGCGCUGCGCGCCCCGCGGGGCAUCGAGCCGGAGGGGGGGGUCACCCAGCGGCAGCGUCGCCGGGGUGGGGGCCACACGCCCACCUGGGCUGGGCAGGCGGGUCCACGUUCUCUCAACCGGCCAGCCCCGCUGCGCCCGGGGACACCCACCCUCCCGCGGCCGCGGCCGGCGGUGGGCACCGGGCGGGGGGGCUGGGGACAUCGGGACUGCGGGCAACGGGCUGCGUGCGCCGCGCUCGCCGUGCGCUGCCCGUCCGGUUCUGCCCGCUGUCGGGCUCCCGGCGCUGCCCGGGCGUGGAGCGAACGCCCGCCCCCGCUGCCGCCUCCUCCUCCAUCCUUCUCCUCCCCCCGGUGCGGAGCGAGCGUCGCUCCCCGGUGCGGGAGCCGGUGCCCCGGCGCGGGGUCGGGCGGGCGUGUGUGUGUGCGGAGCGUGUGCGCGCUGGGCUCCCCCCCGUGCCGAGCCACUCCGCUCUGUGCGGUGCCGAACCCCGGGCGCGGCGGCCUCCCGACCCCCGCCCCUCCCGGGGCCGCGCCGGGCGCGGAGCCCCCUCCCUACCUCCCCGCGCUCCCUCCCUCGUUCCCUCCCCGCGCCCGCCCGUUCCCUCUCCGGACCGGCCCCCCCGCGCGGGCCGGGGCGCGCGGCACGCCGGGACCCGCAGUCCGCGGGGCGGCUCGGCGGCUCCCGGCCCCGGCGGACGGACUACGGCUCCCGGCAGCCCGCGCGGCCGCGGCUCGCUCUCGCCCUCACACUCCGGCUGCCGCUGCCAGUGUCUCCUCCGCCGCCGCCGCUGCCGCCGAACCGCCGCUCGCAGCACCCGGGGUCCGACCCGCCGCCUGGGGCAGGGGCCCGCCCCGGCCCGCCGCCCCCCGCCGCCCGCCCGCCUGCCUCGGGAAGCAGGUGCGUACCCACCGCCCCGCGCCGCCCCGCGCUGGACCCCGGCCCCCGCUGCCCGGGCACCCCGGGCCCGCGCCGCCCCGCACCCACGGCACACGGGGGCAGGCGGGGGGGAGCGGGUGGCCCGACCCCCCCUCCCGGCCGUCCGGACGGGAUCUCCAUGGAAACGGUCCCGGGACACCCCCGGCGGCGGCGGUGGGGCGGCGCGGGGGGGGUGUGCGGGCUGGGGGGACCGGCGACGUCCUGCGGCGGGACAGCGGCGGUGGCGCGGCGGGCACUGACAGCGCCGGGCGGGGGGCAGCGGGCGGCGGCGGCGGCUCCGCUCUCCGCCCCGCGACGGCGCGGCGGAGCCGCUGCCCUGCCCGGCACGGCUGCUCCGGCUCCGGCACCGGCGGCACCUGCCGCUGCCGGGGCGGUGCGGGGGGUCCCGCGGCGGGGCGGGGCGGCCGCGCAGCGCGGCGCUCUCGGGGCGGCGGUGGGACGGCGGCGCCGGGCGCUCGUGGAGUUUGGCGGCGUGGCCCCAGCCCGCCCCGGCCGCCGCCGCGCCCGGGGCCGGUUCGGCUGCGGGUGCCGGUUCGGCUGCGGGUGACGGCCGGCCGUGUGCCGGGCGGUGGCGGAAGAGCCCUCCCCGGGGGCAGCGCGGCAGCCGCCACCUCCAUGUCCGGGGCUGCCCCGGUGCGGCGGCGCGGGGCCCCGGCCGCAGCUGCCGGGGCUGCGGGACGCUCCGCCGGGGAGCGGCCCCGGGGGCAACUGUUGAGCCGGGGGCUGCGGGAGCGGGCGCGGGGCAGCACGGCGGGGCCUAGCCCUCGGCAAGGCUGCGGGAUGCGGGGCGAAGCCCCCGGAGCGGCCGCGAGGCCGCCGUGUCCCGGGCGGGGGGGUGCUGCCCGCCCCGCGGGGCCCCGGCGGCGGCGCGGGGCCGUGGGCCGUGCCGUGGCCUCGCGGGGCUCGGGAGCGGGACGUGCCGCGCCUCGGGCGGGGGGCUCGCCGGGGAACCCCCGCGGACCCGGACCCGGGGUGGGCUGCGGCCGGGGCGGUGCCGCUCCGUGCCGACGCCCCCCGACGCCCGGGGCGGGGCGGCGGGGGCGGCCGGUCCCCCGCCCGUGCCUACGGUGA